ACUACAGUCUACAGAGAUAAGUUACUGUGUUUGUAUGAUAUUAAUUAUUAUUAACAACUUUGAUUAUAAUUCAUUACCAAUUAAGUUGCGACUAUAUAUAGUCAUCGAGUGAGAGCAGACUUGCUUGCAAACGCACGAUGCCGAUGACAAUGAUGAGGUGCUGUCGCUGCUUACGUCUGCAUCUGCAACAGGAGCUGCACAACUCGACUCUCAAACCAGCAAACUGCAUUCGUAACCAAAGUCAGAGUCGAUGCAACUCGACAUAUAUGUACAGGCACCCACGGAUGUUAACCUGUUCUCACGACGAUCGGUUGCUGCGAUGUGAAACAGCGCCUGUUAUUCAGAAGAGGAGCAUAUUCGACCGUUUAUGGAAGUCCAUCGUUGGCACGACACCCGACAACAGGGUCCCCAAUGAAGAGCCUUCAUUCAGUCUCGUGACUCCCCAACUAGUCAGCCCUGAGCGUCCUGUACCAUCAUAUAUACAGAGGCCACCCUACGCGUUGUCGACGUUUACACUACCGGAAGCAGAUCUCGGUCUCCCAGCGGAGAAGCCAAUAGUGAACAGUGAGGGCGACAUCGUUGCUAUGAGAGAGGCAUGCACAGCUGCCAGAACCGUGCUCAACACUGCAGCUGAUGCCCUACAGCCAGGAGUGACAACUGAUGAGAUUGAUAGGAUCGUCCAUGAAACCUGCAUAUCUUUGGGAGUCUACCCAUCACCAUUGAAUGUUUGUGUGUUUGCAGGCUUUCCAAAAUCGGUGUGCACCUCCGUGAACAACGUCAUGUGUCACGGCAUCCCUGACGAUCGUCCCCUGCAAGAUGGUGACAUUAUCAACGUUGACGUGACGGUCUUCUGCAACGGUUACCACGGCGACCUGUCUGAAACGUACGUGAUAGGAGAGGUUGACGAGAAGGCGACAGACCUGAUUGCUGUUGCCAAGCUGUGCCGGGACGCUGCGAUCAGCGCGUGUAAACCAGGACAGAGCUACUCUGUGAUCGGCGACACCAUUAGCUAUAUAUGUCAAGAGACUGGUUAUGCAAGUGUCCCAGAUUUUUGUGGCCAUGGAAUCGGUAAAUACUUCCAUGGGCCGCCUUGCAUCAUACACAUUAGUAACAAUAUACAGGGAGUGAUGGAGCCAGGAGUUACCUUCACAGUAGAGCCGAUCAUCACAGAGGGAAAGACAGCGUUUACGAUCCUGGACGACGGCUGGACGGCGGUCGCCUCAGACCAGUCACGGUCAGCGCAGUUCGAACACACCGUGUUGGUCACUGACACAGGCGUCGAAAUCCUGACGCUGUGAGGGGGCGCCGGUGUCUGUCUCAUCCCGUACUACGGACAGUAGAAGUGCUGACUGUGAGGGGGCGCCGGUGUCUGUCUCAUCCCGUACUACGGACAGUAGAAGUCGUGUUCCUCUGUGACAAAAUUGGCCGUGCAAUUUAAACAUCUUAGCAUCGUGAUUGCGAGAUAGUGAUAGUGGCAUGAUGUGGGAAAUACCAACGUUUUUUUGUGUUCAUUUAUAUAACCAAGCAAUAAACGAAUUGUUAUCAAAGAACUGAA